AACCGAUAGGGGAUCGGUUGCUUCUGCAAAGUCUCCUGGGAGAAGGUCAGAAACACGAAGUGUUCCUUAGCAACCAGCUGUAGACAAGGGCAAUGAGGGAGAAUUGCGCCGUGUUUUAAAUACCGACGCAAAUAACCAGUCAUUCUCGGAUUCUCAUUUUUCUCGCCGCCACUGCAACGUUGCUCGCCCGUUGUGAGGGUUGUCCCGAUCUUGUGCAGCGGGCAGUGAACAAUGGACGGAGUGCAAGCUGCUACAGCAAUCCAUGUUGAGAGCACACUCGCUCUGAUCAAACCCGACGCCAUCGAAAAUGCCAAUGAAAUCGAAGAUAUAAUUCUCCGAUCCGGCUUCACCAUUCUUCAGAAAAGGAAAGUAUAUUUGAGUCCAGAGCUGUGCAGUGAUAUUUAUGCUACACAUUAUGGAAAAAUAUUCUUUCCCAGUUUAACAGCAUUCAUGAGUUCAGGACCAAUAAUUGCCAUGGUUAUUGCCAGAAAUCAAGCUGUAGCAUACUGGAGGGAGUUGAUUGGACCUGCAAAUAGUGUAAAAGCUAAAGAAACUCAUCCAGGCAGUAUUAGAGCAAUAUAUGGCACUGAUCACCUCAGGAAUGCUGUACAUGGGAGCGAGACCUCCUCAGCAGCAAAGAGGGAAAUCCAGUUAAUUUUUCCUUACACUACUAUUGACCAAAGAGCGAGUGCACAGGAUGCAAUAACAUACCUGAGCAGAUUUGUAAAUCCUACUUUGUUGUCUGGACUGACCAAACUCUGCAAACAAAAACCCACAGACCCUAUUACCUGGCUUGCAGAUUGGUUGCUUGCAAACAAUCCCAACAAACCAAACAUUUGUGAAGGUAUAGCAGAAGAGCAAUGAAAAUAGCUACUCUCACAGCCAGGACACUUGAUGGAAAAGCAAAAAGCAACUUAAGAAAAAAAUCAGGAAAAGUGUACUACAACGAUAAUUUAAUCACAGCAAAUCACUGAUGACUUGGAGUUCUUAUAUGAUUCUGAACGAGAUUGUCAAAUUUACAUAUGACAUGAUUGUAAUCUUUUUCCUUGAAGUAGACAACUUUUGAAAUUCUAGGGAAUUGCGUAGAGAAUAAAUUUACAGGGUUCCACAGUUUUUAAGCAAAUAAAAUCAAUGUUAAUAUAGAAAGAUAGAGAAGUAAAACAAUGUACAAUACAUUAGAGUAUAAGUUGUAAAUGUACAGAAUUAUCAUGAGUAAAUAUGGAUUAACAGAUAAACUGUGGUUGAAUAAUGCAUACAAAUAGCAGAAGCACUUAACAUUGAUCCGAUUGGUCUCUCAACAACCCAACAAAUUUUGUUUAAAAUAUUGGAUUCAUCACAAGGGCUUUCAAAUCUUUAUAUUUGACAAUCUAGCCUCUGCUCUUUUUCAGGCCAUUCUAACUCAGACUGCCCCGUCAACGGAUCACCUCCCAGUGGUCCAAUCACUUCCCUGACACUGUGUUGCACUGGAUUCCCAAGGCUGUAUUUCAGCAACUACUUAGUUCCACCUGUUUUGCUGAUAGCUCCAUUAAGAUGGAGAUACUUGCCCUGUAUUUCUAUGAACUCCUGCUCCAGGACUGUACCAUGAAAAUAUUGCUCAUAAACUUCCUGGAAUCCCAAAUCUCAUGCAGUAAUAGUCCACAGAGUUUCUUCAGAGUCUGAACCGUCUCUGUACCAAAACACUCCAGUGGUUUCUCCUGACUGCAGAGAGCUGCCAAACGGUUCCUGAGCCUUUAGUGAGACCCCAGUUCGUCAGGGCUCUCAGCGACAUUCUCCUAAUCCUUCUCUACCACUGAUUAAUAUGGAUUCCUGAACUGCUGUUCACUUAUUCUUGUACUGGAUUUGGUAACACAAUAAAACCCCUUAA